AUGUGGAGAACCGGCCUGCUCUACCUCGACCGCGGGGACAGCUCCAUCCUCAACGCCCUCCGCAACGCCGGCUACGACACCCAGAACCAGCCCACCUCGCCCUCGCGCACCCCCCGCCGCUUUUCCAUGGCUAGCGACACGGAGAGCGCCCUCGAGGGCAAGCUCAAGCAUGACAUCAAGGCCCAGCAGGGCGUCCAGCACUGGGUCAUGCCUUCGGAUGUCAACGGCCUCAAGUUUGCCAGCCCCCGCGCCAGCCCCCGCACCAGGGCCAUUGACCCCGCCGACGCUCUCGGCCUGGCCACCGACGCUACCCUGUUCGAAGAGCCUGUCCUCUAUUCGCUGGAUCGAAUAAAGGAAGACAACCACCACCCCGACUACUUUGCCUACGACCAACUGCAAAAGUCGCCUUCGCUCAAGGACGACUGCGACGAGCCUGUCCACGUGCACAAGCGCCGCCCUUCGCACCUCCGCACCCCCUCCACCCCCACCAUCGAGUCGCGCCUUGCCAGUGCCCAAAAAGCCUCGCGCUCCCUACCCCUCCGUGCAAAGACAAACGAGGGUCUCCUACAACUGCAGGCAAACACAUCCAAGCCCCAGCGCUCCGCAAAUACACACCAGCGCAGAAUAUCGCUCGGCCUCCCCAUCAAAGCUGCCAAUGCCCCCGGCGAAACCUCCCGCCUCUCGAGCCCAACAAACACUCGUUCCCUCCACCCAGCCACACCAAAACGCCUGCCAAAGAAGACGGGCACCGCAACAGCCAUCCAGCAGGAGCGCGAUCUGGAAUACAAGCACCGCCACACCUUCAUCGGCACCGCCUCGCUCGAUGAUUUCCUAGAAGUCCUCGACGUCUCCCCAGAUCAUAUCACAAACAAGGACGCAAUCAUAAGAGCCUUUAUCCUGCUAGCCUCGAGCGAGCGACUGCUCGCCCGCCAAGCAUCACUCAAGCCCGAUGGAUGGAGCGUCAUUGCCCGCACCUCUGCCGAAACCGUAAACAGCGACUACGUCGAACAAGCACACGCCAAGCUCGGCUCCAUUGUCCUCCGCCAAUUCCUCGACCUCAUCACCUUCAACGAAGACGAAGAAGCAAACGCCAUGAGCGUCGUCGAAGCCUUCACUGCCGCAAGCCACUUGGAUACACAAGCCAGCAAGGCUUCAGGGAGUAAGGCCAAAGCCUUUCGUAAAUGGAUGGUAAAAGCGCUACCCCAAUAG